GCCAGAACAAGCUUUGACAGGAGCUCCAUGACUUCAUGCGACAGGCAACAAGAAAAUGCCAACAGCGCUACGGUGAAGGAAUUCCAGAUGUUUCAUGUCGAGUUGAUGAGGCUGUCGGGUUGGCAGACCCACCUUUCGGCGGCCAGCCCCUGACUUCUAAGCGAGGAGUGUGGAAAUCCCCUGCGAAUCUGGCUUAUUCGAAACAACUGCCCCCAGCAGGCGUUUCGACAAGUGGGCCGUUUCCUCCCAACAUGGUGUAAGUUGAUUCGUGGAAACACUGCAUACAUAAACACGCGGAUAGCCCCUUUUCUUGGCGGCGGCUCCCAAUGGCCCCUUAAUUCGACAUCUCACCCCGACCACGAUGGGAUCAAGGCCCCACCCGGUCGAAUUCGGCCGGACAGCCUGGGCGGAUUCAGACAAUGGCAGAGAUCGAUCCUUGACAGAUUGCUCCCGAGGCUGAUGAACGGGGGAGAGAAGAGCCACUCCGGCGCAUAGGGGUUGCGGACCGACGGAGCGGAGCAUGACGAGCAGCAAAGGGAUGCACAGCAUCGAAUGGUAUAAAGCAUGCACCGUCUGCACCUCUCCGGAUCUCCUGAUGAUUCUGGCAGUUCAUCUCAUUCAGCUAUUCGUCUUCUGAUCUUCAUCACCGCAGCUGUCGCUUGCGCCAUUCUUUCGCCCAUUUUCGGCUCAUUCAUUCUUUCAACCCUGGUGGUAUAUCAAAAUCGAUUCUCUCGUCUCAACGACAUCAACAGUUUCAUAACCCGACUCUUUUCGUCCCCACCAAACAAUCUCUUACCAAGCCCAAGAUGCGUUCCACAUUCGCUGGUGUUGCGGCCUUCGCGGCCACCGCUGCUGCCCACUACAACUUUGAGGCUCUUAUCCACAACGACCAGAUCUCGGAGCCUUACGAGUUCGUCCGUCAGACCACCAACUCGAACUCCCCUGUCACCGAUGUGACCUCGGACGACUUCAUCUGCAACCAGGGUGGCCUGGAUGCCGACAUCAUGGCCAAGACCAAGACCCAGGAGGUCGCCCCCGGCGACUCGGUCGGCUUCAAGGUUCAAUCCAACAUUGGCCACCCGGGCCCUCUGUCUGUCUACAUGUCCAAGGCUCCCGAGGGCACCACCGCCGCGGCCUACAAGGGCGAUGGCGACUGGUUCAAGGUGUACGAGCUGACCACGUCCGCCAUCACCGCCGAGGGUCUGCAGUGGGCCACCGGUGUCGACGGCGGUAUCACCAACUUCACCUUCACCGUGCCCGAGGACCUGCCCGCCGGCGACUACCUGAUGCGUGGCGAGCACAUCGGCCUGCACGGUGCCCAGCAGAAGGGCGGCGCCCAGUUCUACAUCGGCUGUGCCCAGCUGACCGUCACCGGCUCUGGCGCCGGCUCCCCCGCCCCCACCGUCAAGAUCCCCGGCGUCUACGACGGCACUGAGGACGGCAUCGUCAUCAACCUGUACUACCCCGCCCCUACCAGCUACGAUGCCCCCGGCCCCGUCACCUGGCCCAACUCCUGCAUCGACCACACCGCCAACUUCGCCGACCAGACCUCGGACGGUGACUGCACCAACGACGACGGUGCUGGUGCUUCUUCCGGCUCUGGCUCCGCCCCCAGUGCCCCUGCUGCCACCGGCGCGCCCACCCCCACCGGUGGUGCCCAGCCCUCCGCCGCUCGUCCCACUGCCACCGCCGCGGCUGGUGUCGCUGGCAACGCCGCCGCUGCCCAGCCUACUGAGGCCGCUGACGAGUCCAGCUGCGCCAAGAAGCGCUCCACCAGGAAGCGUGGCCUCAAGCUCAUGGCUUAAGUCUCUUCUAAUUGAUGUUUGUGGUGGCUUUGUCCGUGUCGUGAAUACUUGUGGUUGCCUCGUUUGAGGCGGCCUCUUCGUUGUAUAUAUAUCCCAGUGUCCUCUUCGGGGCACUGAACCUGCAUAGCGAUAGAGAUGCGAUAGAUUCGGAGAGUCGAGGGUCUCGACCUGUGACAGCUUGGAAACUUCCUGUCCAUGGUCUUGACUAUCCGUACAAUAGCAGCAAUGAUCAACCAAUUGCCAA